AUGGGUGCAGUGACCAUUGCAGGGCCUCUCCUUGGGGCCCUAGGCCUCGCCUCUUCUCUUGCAGGCGUCGAGGCCUUUGGGAAAGCUGCUCUAGCAGACAUAACAACACCGCUGCUGCAGCAGCAGGGCCCCCUUGAUGCUGCUUCUCUCCCCUCUUCUGUUGGUUCUCAGCAGGGGGGGGCCCCCAUAUAUCCUCACUACAUGGGGGGCCCCUCAGUAGACAGCAGCAGCAGCAGCAGCAGCAGCAGAAGCAGCAGCAGCAGCAGCUGGCCUGCCUCUAUUGUCUCCACCGUCUCCACCUAUCUCACGGCUCCCUCUUAUAGCAGCAGUGCAGGUUUGUUGCACUGCAACACAGCAGCAGCAGCAGCAGCAGCAGCAGCAGCAGCAGCAGCAGCAGCAGCAGCAGCAGCAGUAGCAGCAGCAGCAGCAGCAGCAGCAGUAGCAGCAGCAGCAGCAGCAGCAGGUGUUUUUUGUUUUUUUUUUUUUUCAGGCCCAACGGAAAUCUCUGACGCUUCUAUCGCUCAUCAAGGCAAGUGA